AUGGUCAACAAAAUGGCCUCGGCCAAUUCCAAUCUGGGCCAUUCCCUGGCCAAGGUCCUUGGUAUCAAGCUCGCAUACAGAGACCCUCUGGGUGCUACCGCUGAGCCCGUUACAAGAGGAGAAUCAACUUUCUCCAUGGGCACCGUCGACACAUACUCAUACAACGAGCCCGAGCCGACAAGUGUCGACUGGAUCCGCGAGGUCACCCCAUCCGGUGCCCAAAUUGGCAGAUAUUUAAUCAAUCUGUUCCCUUUCAUCACAUGGAUUGGCAACUAUAACCUACAAUGGCUCUACGGUGAUCUAGUUGCCGGUAUCACCGUUGGAGCUGUCGUUGUUCCACAAGGUAUGGCUUACGCGAACCUGGCUGGACUGGAGGUACAGUACGGUCUGUACUCCUCGUUCAUGGGAGUUUUGAUCUAUUGGUUCUUUGCCACGUCAAAGGAUAUUACCAUCGGGCCCGUGGCUGUCAUGUCAACUCUGACCGGAACUAUUGUGGCCGAUGUCCAAGACAAAUACCCAGAUUACCCUGCGCAUUUGAUUGCAUCCUCUCUUGCUAUCAUUUGCGGUGCUAUUGUUUUCAUGAUGGGUAUCCUGCGCAUCGGAUUCAUUGUCGACUUCAUCCCUCUCCCCGCUAUCUCGGCCUUCAUGACGGGCUCUGCGAUAAAUAUUUGCGCAGGGCAGGUUCCAACCAUGUUGGGUGAGAAGGCCAAAUUUAGCACGCGUGGUGCCACCUACCAGGUGAUUAUCAAUACCCUCAAAUACCUCCCCAGUUCCACGCUGGAUGCUGCUAUGGGUGUCACUGCCUGUGCAAUGCUGUACAUGAUCCGUUCGGGAUGCACAUUCGCCGCGAAAAAGCAGCCUUCUCAGGCCAAGACUUGGUUCUUUAUCUCGACUCUUCGGACCGUAUUUGUGAUCUUGUUCUACACUAUGAUCAGUGCCGCCGUGAACUUGCACCGAAGGGAUGACCCAGCAUUCUCGAUCCUCGGGACGGUCCCUCGAGGAUUCCAGCAUGCCGCCGUGCCCACUAUGGAUGCUAAGAUCAUUUCGGCCUAUUCUAGCGAGCUUCCAGCUGCGGUCAUCGUUCUUCUGAUUGAGCACAUUGCCAUUUCCAAGUCCUUCGGCCGUGUUAACAACUACACUAUCGAUCCUUCUCAGGAAUUCGUGGCCAUUGGCGUGAGUAACCUGCUUGGUCCUUUCCUCGGUGGCUACCCCGCCACUGGGUCUUUCUCCCGGACAGCCAUCAAGUCUAAAGCUGGAGUGCGCACACCCCUUGCUGGUGUUAUUACCGCGAUCGUGGUGCUCUUGGCUAUCUAUGCCCUGCCUGCCGUCUUCUUCUACAUCCCCAAGGCUUCUCUGGCUGGUAUCAUUAUCCACGCUGUCGGUGAUCUGAUCACUCCCCCUAACACUGUUUAUCAGUUCUGGCGCGUGUCCCCCCUUGAUGCCAUUAUUUUCUUCAUUGGUGUCAUUGUCACUGUUUUCACUUCCAUUGAAAUUGGUAUCUACUGCACAGUCUCUGUCUCGGCUGCCGUCCUGCUUUUCCGUGUGGCCAAGGCCCGCGGACAGUUCCUAGGCCGUGUUACUAUUCACUCCGUUGUUGGAGACCAUCUGUUGGACAACGAUGGAAAGUACGGAUCAUUCGGAACUAACAAGACUCCCUCCGAUGACGAGGAGCACCACAACCGAACUAUCUUCCUUCCUAUCAACCAUACCGAUGGCUCCAACCCCGAUAUCGAAGUGGAGCAGCCCCUUCCAGGUAUCUUCAUCUACCGCUUUUCCGAAGGCUUCAACUAUCCCAACGCCAACCACUAUACCGAUUUCCUGGUUUCAACCAUUUUCAAGAAUACCCGCCGAACGAACCCGCACGCCUACGCCAGACGCGGUGACUAUCCCUGGAAUGACACUGGUGCCCGCCGCGGCAAGAGGGUCGAUGACUCGCACUUGCCCCUUCUCCAGGCUGUCAUUCUAGACUUCUCAUCCGUGAACAAUGUCGACGUAACCUCAAUCCAGAACCUGAUCGAUGUCCGCAACCAGCUUGACCUAUACGCCUCCCCCCGCACCGUCCAAUGGCACUUCGCACACAUCAACAACCGCUGGACAAAGCGCGGCCUGGCUGCCGCAGGCUUCGGCUACCCGACACCCGUCGCCAGCGAUGGCUUCCACCGGUGGAAGCCCAUCUUCAGCGUAGCCGAGAUCGAAGGCAGCGCCUCAGCCGCCGCCCACGCCGAAAUCGUCGCCAACCAGCGUGAGCAGUCGCAGCACAAGACCGCAGAUAUCGAAUCCGGCCUUAAGUCCCAUUCCAACACCACUGCCUUCGAGACCGACGGCAUCGAGACCGCAUCCGAGAACUCGGAGGUCAUCCGCGAGGACAAGUUCCAGCGUGAUAUCACAGACAGCAAGGCGUACCAGAGCCGUCGUAAGGUUGCGCUCGUGCAGGGCAUGAACCGGCCUUUCUUCCAUAUCGACUUGACCAGCGCUCUUCAAAGCGCUGUUGCUAAUUCCUCGAACGAGAUCCCGCACACUGAUUGA